AUGGCCCCCAUCCCCACAAUCGAUCUCCCCGCCUCAUAUGAGAGCCUCAGUCUGACCCAUAUCAAGAUCAGCCAUUCCCCGAUCGGGUCCCCGACUGUCACACCAGUCGUGGUAAUUUCGUUGAACCGACCGGAGAAUAAUAAUGCGUUCACGCCGCAAAUGGCGGAUAGCCUCACGCAGGCCUUUCACCUGUUCCAUAUCGAUCCUCGAAUAAAGGCCGUCGUCCUCACUGGAGCCGGGAAGAUGUUCUGUGCUGGGUCUGACUUGGAAAUUGGGUUUGGAGAUGGAGGAGGACGAGCUGUGGAUUUUCGAGAUAUCGGAGGCCGGGUCGCAUUGGCGAUACAUCGAUGCCACAAACCAACGAUCGUCGCCUUGCAAGGCUCUGCUGUCGGUGUCGGCAUGACAAUGACUCUACCGGCUGCAAUCCGGAUCUGUCACGAGAAGGGCAAGUAUGGCUUUGUCUUCACACGGCGUGGUCUGACGAUUGAAUCCUGCGCCUCAUACUUCCUGCCUCGCCUGGUGGGCUUUUCGCGGGCGAUGCACUUGAUCACCACCGGCGGUGUCUACCCCCCCCCUUGCCGAAAUAUUUUGGCGAUCUCUUUACCGAGGCUCUCCCGGAGGCGUCCCAAGUUUUGCCGCCUAGCGCAGGAUAUCGCCGAGUACACGAGCUCGUUGGCGUCCUCAAUGAGCAGAGCUCUGAUGUGGGAAGGGCCCAGUUCCCCCGAAGAAGCGCAUCUACUUGAGUCGCGAGUUUUUCAUCAUAUGGUCGGACAGCCGGACUAUAAAGAGGGCGUGGGCUCGUUCCUGGAAAAGCGGAAGCCUCGCUUCAAAGCUGAUCCCCGUGAAAGCUGUCCUCCGAAUUUUCCCUGGUGGACAGCGGCAAAUAUUUUCCUCGAGCCUAGUGCUACAAAGACAUCCAAGCUGUAA